UUAAGCUUGAACACAGAUUUCUAUGACGUCAUAUAGCAACAUACACAUGUUGUCUGUCACAACGGGAAAUUGGUUGCAAUUUGACUGACAGUUUUUCCCGAAUUUUUGCUAAUUUAGGACAGGUAGUUAGACUGUUUUACUGAUAAACUGAAAUGGGGAAGAAGGUAAAGAAGGAUGAAAAGCCACCUCCAGAUGAUGUGUUUGACACAUUAUUGGUGGAGAGCAGACAGGCAGGUACAGUGGUGCUGAUGUUGAGUAGUCCAGAAGAAGAUGUCCAGUCUAAAGCAUGUGAAGCUAUCUACAAAUUUGUUGACAAAUGUGAUGAAAACAAGAAGCAGUUAUUGGACCUGAAUGCUGUUGAACACCUUUUAGCUCUUAUGCAGAGUGAGGACAAAAUUGUACGCAGAAAUGCUUGUAUGGCAGUAGGUGUCAUGACAGCUCAUCCUGAUGUAAGGAAGUACUUAAGGAAGCAAGAAGCCACAAUCCCGGCACUAGUGAACCUGCUGGCACCGGAAGAGGAUUCAGUAUGCCAUGAGUUCUCUGCCCUUGCCAUGUCUAACAUGGCCACAGAAUUCAGCUCUAAAGCGACAAUCUAUGAUAACGGAGGUGUUGAGCCAUUGGUCAGAUGUUUGUUGUCACAUGAUCCUGAUGUACAGAAAAAUGGAAUUGAGGCACUUGCCUUGUUACUGAUGGAUUAUCAGACAAGGACUGCUAUUAGAGAUGUAGAUGGUUUAAAUCCGAUGUUAGAAUGUCUGAAGUCUGAGUAUGCUGCCAUACAAAAACUGGCUCUGCUCGCUUUAGAAAGGGCAUCACAAGAUGGUGAGAAUAGAUCAGCCCUUCGUGAAUUAGAGGCUAUAUCGAAGUUGAUAGACUUUGUAGCACAUCCAGAAUGGAAUGAUCUGCAUGUAAUGGCUGUCAUGGUACUCUCUAACCUCUUAGAGGACUUGGAAAGUUUAGAGUUAAUCAAAGAGACAGGAGGUUUGAAGAGACUUGUUGCUGUGAUCACAGACCAGGUACCCACAGAAGAGGAGGCCAAAGGAGGGAAAGGAGCACCAGAUAAAGGCGGGAAAGGAUCUAGGCAGGCAAAAAAGAGUGCAAAGGAAUCAGCAAGUCAAAAAUGUAGUCAUGGUUCAUCAGCAAAGAAACAAGAGUCUGCUGAUAGCUCGGAACCUCCACCAGGGGAGGCUAUUAUCCCCACACUCCCAGAUGUGAAGAUGUGUGCAGCCAAAGCUAUCGCUAGAUCUGCUAGAAGUGCUGAGAACAGGAAAAUUCUACAUGAGCAAGAGACAGAGAAAAUGUUGAUUCACUUACUGAGUCACGAGUCCACUGAGGUUCAAACCUCAGCUGCACAGGCACUGGCCAUCAUGGCUGAAAACCUCUCCAGCAGAGACUCCAUCAGAGAGUGGGAUGGUCUUGCACCUCUCAUUAAGAUGGUUAGUUCAGAGAACAGUGAAGUGAAGGAGGCAGCGACGCUGGCACUGGCGAACCUUACAACAGCCAACAGUAACAACUGCCAAGAGAUCCAGAAUUUGAAUGGUAUAGAACCACUAAUAAACUGUCUGGUAGAUACUAGAGAGGAAGCGGUGGCCAAUUCAGCAUGUGUUCUAACAAAUCUUGCACAGAUAGAAGUUCUCAGAGUUGAUGCACAAAACAAGGGAGUUGUCAGAGCUUUGAUAGAACCAUUGAACUCAAGAAAUACAACAGUUCAGAGUAAAACAGCCCUGGCAGUGGCAGCCUUUGUCUGUGAUGCUGAAUCAAGAGAAAAUUUUCGACUAUCAGAUGGUCUCACACCUCUGGUUGCUCUACUGAGAUCUGGUAAUGAUGAAGUGAGAAGGAACGCAGCCUGGGCCAUCACUGUAUGUGCUGUUGAUGAACCCACAGCUACAGAAAUAUGUAAACUGGGUGGUAUGGAAUUGUUACAAGAGAUACAGACUUCAAGCACAAGGAAAAGUCCAUUUGCUGAAGCUGCUCUACAGAAACUGUUAGACAGUAAUCUCUCAGCAAAAUAUGCCCUCACUGGAUGUCUCAGUUCUACAAACUUCAUUGAGAAUGGUUUCUAUGAUGUGGGACAACUUAGACCGGGUACCAAAUUCCUCACUGUUGUGGAGUAUGCCAAACAGGAAAUGAAUGAUAAGAGGCCCAUUAUCAUUGUCAAUGCUAAACCAGAUCCAACUAUAUCACAGGCACAGUCUCAAGCAGAACUUGAUGCUAAACAAGAGGCAUCAAAAACCAGUGUUACUGGAAAAUCGUCAAGAACAGGGCGUGAUUCUAAAACUAUUAUACGGAAGAACGAUUUCGAACAUAAGAAAUCACCCAGGGUUUCGAAGAAAACUCGGAAACAGCAAGAACGAGAAGAGAAACAGCGUGAGGAGGAGUUACAGGCACAACUACAGCGUGAGGCAGAGGCAAUCUCCGCGGCCGAGAACAAACCAUAUGAGCCACCAUGUGAUUCCACACUCCUUAAGUUCAUAGAUGAAGUGGUAGAAAAAAUACAGCCUCUUCCUACUACUAGAGAGCAAGUGAAAGCUUUAGCUGCAUUUGUUGCAGAAAAAAUGGGUGGGCCUAUAGAAAGAGGCCAGCUAAGUAAUUUUGGCUGGGAAUUACCACUUAGUCAGAUAAAAUUUGAACUCAAAUCUAAUGUAGUGCCUCUUGGUAAAAUAAAAGCUGGAAUACAUGUACACAGAGCAUUAUUGUUUAAGACCCUUGCAGACAAAAUAGCAGUUAGUUGUUCAUUAGUACGAGGAGAAUAUAACCGUGCUUGGAAUGAGGUUUUACUGCCUGAGGAAGAUUACUCUCUAGAGGAUAGUUUGUUUGCGUUUAGCCCUACCCCUGGAGCACCGAAGUUCCCACCAAAGACUUUCAUUGUUGACCUGAUACAUGAGCCAGGAAAUUUGUUACCAUUUGACACUCCUGAGGCACAGACUUACAAAAAAAUAUAGUGAACAUUGUGCAGUUAUAUUUGUUACUGUUAUACUCUCAAAUAUUUUAGAAUCAGUAUAUUUUAAGCAAAUUUAAAAACAGAAAUCAUGAUAAAAGUACUUGUUGCAAUUUUGUUUUUUCUCUUCUUUACAGUCAGCUACUCACGUAGAAAUCAGAAUCCAUACUUGUUUGAGACAAGGGCUUUCUUAUGUAACACAUACAUAUUUAUAGCUGUCAUAGCCUUGUUGAAACUUAAUCCAAUUACAGUACUUCUGCAUGUUUGAUAAACUUGAACCAGAAAUUUUUCUGUAAAUUUAUGACACCCCCCACCCCCACCACCACCACCACCGAGGGUUAAUUUAGAAAUAAUUACUGGUAUCUUGACCACCACGAAAUUCAAAAUAAAGUUUUAAAUUCUUCAUGAUAUAUGCAGUUUUCAUUAAAUAUAAGUUUUAAUUUGUUGAAAUCUGGUACUAUAUUCUGAGUUUUUUUAAAAAAGUAAGGAAUAAACAAAUUUUACAUUGUAGAAACAGAUUUGAUCCAAACAUGCGGAACAACCUUAUAGAGUGACACAUGUAUUCUUCCAUAGCAAAAUCUCAAGUGUUCUUUCAUUCUGUUAUGAAGUAAUCUACACAUGAUGUUGAACGACAGUUUCGGUUUUGCCGAGUAUGGUCAUUAUUGUCCUGUUACUAUAGUUAAUCUAUAAAUCAAUUGUUUUUCACCACAUCUGGUCAGAUAAUAUGUAAAUUUAUUGAAAACUGUUUGCCUACAAUGGUUUGAAGAAUUGAAAAAAGCAAAACAUUUAUUCAUUUAGAUAUUAUACCAAAUAAUCACAGAAUUUUAAGAUAUAAAUAUCUAUAUGAAGCCAGAAUAGAUUUACCUGAAAAUUUUGCUACUAAAAAGGAUGUUCUUAUUUAUUUUAAUGCCAUUUACAUUGUUUUUGUUUAUUGUUUUGUACAUUUUUAUGAAUAUAUUAUAAUGAUAAAAUCUGAGAUAGAUUUAUAUGCUGGGAUAGAAAUCUACAUUGUAUUUAUAACAGUCAAAUUUCACUGGAAGAUAAAACAGAGUUUGGAUAUUUCUCCAGUCAAGACAUUGUUUCUCUAGAUUUUAUUAAUUCCCCGCCGUGGGGGAGGGAUUAUAGGAAUGAUCUGCGUCUGUCCUUCCGUCAAUUCUUCCGUCCGUAACAAAAUCGUGUCCGGUCCAUAUCUCCUAAAUCCCUUGAAGGAUUUUCAUGAAACUUGGGUCAAAUGAUCACCUCAUCAAGACGAUGUGCUGAACCCAUGAGUCAGCCUUGUCGGGUCAAGGUCACAACUCAAGGUCAAAGGUUUGAGCCUGCCAUUUUGUGUCCGCUCUAUAUCUCCUAAACCCCUUGAAGGAAUUUUAUAAAACUUGGGUCAAAUGAUCACCUCAUCAAGACGAUGUGCAGAACCCAUGAGUCAGUCAUGCCGGCUCAAGGUCAAGGUCACAACUUAGGGUCAAAGGUUUGAACCUUCCAUUUUGUGUCCACUCUAUAUCUCCUUAACCCCUUGAAGGAUUUUCAUCAACUUUGGUCAAAUGAUCACCUCAUCAAGGCGAUAUGCAGAACUUAUGAGUCAGCCAUGUCGGCUCAAGAUCAAGGUCACAACUGAAGGUCAUAGGUUUGAGCCUUCCAUUUCGUGUCCGCUCUAUAUCUCCUAAACCUCUUGAAGGAAUUUUAUAAAACUUCAUUACCUCAUCAGAACUAUGUGCAGGAAUUAUGAGUCAGCCAUGCCAGCUCAAGGUCAAGGUCACAGCUAAGGGUCGAAGGUUUGAGCCUUCCAUUUGGUGUCCACUCUGAUUCUCCUUAACCCCUUGAAGGGUUUUCAUUAAACUUGGGUCAAAUGAUCACCUCAUCAAGAACUCAUGAGUCAGCCAUGUCACCUCAAGGUCAAGGUCACAACUGAAGGUCAAAGGUUUCAGCUCUGUAUCUCCUAAACCCCUUGAAGGAUUUUCAUGAAACUUUGGUCAAAUGAUCACCUCAUCAAGACGUUGUGCAGAAUUCAUGAGUCAGCCAUGUCAGUUCAAGGUCAAGGUCACAGCUAAAAUCAAAGGUUUUACCCUUUCACUAUCCAUAGCAGUGGCGGGGGAUUUAGCUGUCUUUCAGACUGCCUGGUUUUUUAAAAAUGUACAGUGAAAUGAUUGUUUCUUGUCUGCAAUGUGAAUUUCUAUCUUUGGUAAAUAUAGAAGAAAGUACACUAAAAAAAAGGAAAUGCAAUAAAAUACAAAAAAAAAAAUA